AUGGCCGCGCCGACGAGCACCACUGCCGUUGACGAGGCAGUCGCCAUCAAGGUGGCUGAGGAUAGCCUCGCCUCUGGCGGCGGAGAGAAGAAGGCGGCCCCCACCAACACCAGCAGCGGCAAUGAUGAUGAGAGCCCAGGCUCGGCGCCGUUGCGGGAGGAGCGCAAGGGCGACGACUCGAGCUUCAAGUACUUCAUGCGCGUCUUCACGUACAACGACGGCAAGGGCUGGUUCAUGAACGGCGUGGCCCUCGUGUGCAUGAUUGCCGCCGGCACGGUCCUGCCACUGAUGGACAUUGUCUUUGGCAAGUUUAUCAACGUCUUCAACGACUUUGUCACGGGCGAGUUGACGGCGGAUGGGUACAUGGAUGAGGUGGGCAAGUAUACCCUCUACUUUGUCUACCUCUUCAUCGCCAAGUUCGCCCUCACCUACGCGUGGACCGUCCUCGUCAACAUCACCGCCAUCCGCACCACCAAGAAGCUGCGCGUCGACUUCGUGCGGCAGACGCUGCGGCAGGAGAUAUCCUUCUUCGACGCGCCCUCGUCCUCCGUGUCCGGGCAGAUCACCACCAACGGCAACCUCGUCAACAACGGCAUCUCGGAGAAGCUCGGCCUCACCAUCCAGGCCGUCGCCAGCUUCGUCACCGCCUUUGUCGUCGCCUUUGCCGUCCAGUGGAAGCUCACGCUUAUCCUGCUCGCCAUUGUGCCCCUCAAUCUCAUUGUCACCAUCUGGUGCGUCGUCGAGGAUACCGUCCUCGAGUACCGCAUGUUUGACAUUUACUCGGAGAGCGGCUCCCUCGCCGAGGAGGCCUUUUCCACGAUUCGCACCGCGCACGCGUUUUGGGCGUUCCCCAAGCUCGUGGAACGCUUCGGCACCAUCCUUGAGCGCGCGAGAAGAGUCGGCAAGCGCAAGAGCCUCAUCUACGCCAUCCUCUUCCCCGUCGAGUUCUUCUGCGUCAUUGCCGGCUACGCACUCGCCUUUUGGCAGGGCAUCCGCAUGUACUCGACGGGCGAGAUCCAGCAGCCCGGCACCGUCGUCACCGUCAUCUUUGCCGUGCUCGUCGCCGCGCAGGCGCUCACGCAGAUUGCGCCCCAGACCAUUGCCAUCUCCAAGGCCACCGCCGCCGCGCAGGACCUGUUUGCCAUCAUCGACCGCAAGUCGGCCAUCGACUCGCUCUCGGCCGAGGGGACGCGCAUCGCCGACUUCAAGGGCGACAUCAAGCUCCGCGGCGUCAAGUUCUCGUACCCGUCGCGCCCCGGCGUGCCCGUGCUGCACGGCCUCGACCUCGACAUCCCGUCGGACAAGACGACGGCGCUCGUGGGCGCAAGCGGCUCGGGCAAGAGCACCAUCUUUGGCAUGCUGGAGCGCUGGUACGCCAUCUCGGCCGGGACCAUUACGCUCGACGGACACCGCCUCGAGGACUUGAACCUCCAAUGGCUGCGGACCAACAUUCGACUCGUGCAGCAGGAGCCUACGCUGUUUAGCGGUACCAUUUACCAAAAUGUCGUCGACGGGCUAACGGGCACAGACAUGGUCGACUUGCCCGACGACGAGAAGAGGCGUCUUGUCCGUGAGGCCUGCCAGGCUGCGUACGCCCACGACUUUAUCGAGGAUCUUCCCAAGGGCUACGAGACGUACAUUGGCGAGCGCGGCGCCUCUCUCUCUGGUGGGCAGAAGCAACGCAUCGUCAUCGCCCGUAGCAUCAUCUCGAACCCGAAGGUUCUGCUCCUCGACGAGGCCACCUCGGCGCUCGACCCCAACGCCGAAAAGAUUGUGCAAGCGGCCCUCAACAACGUCGCCAAGGGUCGCACGAUGGUCGUCAUUGCGCACCGCCUCAGCACCAUCCGCGACGCCGACAACAUCGUCGUCAUGUCCAAGGGCGAGACGGUCGAGUCCGGCACCCACGCGGAGCUCAUCGCCCUCGGCGGCGCAUACGCCCGGCUCGUCCAGGCCCAGGACCUGGGCAAGGGCGGCGGCGGCGGCGGCGCGGCCGAGGACGGCGACGAGGAGAGCGAGGAGGAACGGGGAGGCAAGCCGCCCGUGGACCUGGACGUGGCACUCACGCGGGCUUCCACGACGGGUACUAUCCCUGGUGCCGACGGCAAGGAAGACGACGAACAGUACGGUCUGCUCCACGGACUGUUUCUGAUCCUCAAGGAGCAGCGGUCCCUGUGGUGGCCCAUGGCGGUGACGAUGCUGUGCUGCCUCGUCGGCGGCGGCACGUACCCGGCGCUGGCGGUGCUCUUUUCCAAGACGAUGCGCGCGUUUGAGACGAUUGACGUCAGCAAGGGCAACUUUUUCUCGCUCAUGUUCUUUGUCGUUGCGCUGGCCAACUUUGUGGCGUACUUCAUCGCAGGAUGGCUGGCCAACAUUCUCGCACAGACCGUCAUGAAGUUUUACCGCGGCGAGAUAUUCGACAACACGCUGCGUCAGGACAUGGCCUUCUUCGACGACCCGGACAACUCGACGGGGGCGCUCGUGUCGCGGCUGGCGUCGGAGCCCACGUCGCUGCAGGAGCUGCUGUCGAUGAACGUGGCGCUGCUCGUCAUCAACGUCGUCAACCUCGUGUCGUCGUCGGUGCUGGCCAUCGCCGUCGGGUGGAAGCUCGGCCUCGUGCUGGCGUUUGGGGCGCUUCCCGUGCUCGUGGGCGCGGGCUACGUGCGGAUCCGGCUCGAGUUCAAGUUCGAGGACGACACGGCCGGGCGGUUCGCGCAGAGCAGCGGCGUGGCGGCCGAGGCCGUCAUGGGGAUCCGGACCGUGUCGUCGCUGGCGCUCGAGCGCGCCGUCGUGGAGCGCUACGAGGAGCGGCUGAGGGGCAUCGCGGGCGCCGCCAUCGGCAGCCUCGGCUGGAAGAUGCUCUUCUACGCCCUCAGCCAGUCCGUGUCGUUCCUCGCCAUGGCGCUGGGCUUCUGGUACGGCGGCAAGCUCGUGUCCACGGGCGAGUACUCGACGGACCAGUUCUACACCGUCUUCAUCGCCGUCGUCUUCUCGGGCGAGUCGGCCGCCAUGCUGUUCCAGUACACGACGAGCAUCACCAAGGCCCGCGGCGCCAUCAACUACAUCUUUCGGCUGCGCCGCCAGCGGCUGCUGUUUGACGCGCCGUUUGACGACGAGGCGAGCUGCGGCGGCGGCGGGAGCAGCAGCCAUCACGGCACAGACGAAAAGGAGACGGCCGCGGCAACGACCCCCACCGCCAGGGGCACCGAGGUCGUCUGCGAUUCCGUCGAGUUUUCGUACCCGCUGCGGCCCAAGAUCAAGGUCCUCCGGGGCAUCGACGCCACCAUCCGGUCGGGCAGGAUGGUGGCCUUUGUCGGCGCGUCCGGCUGCGGCAAGUCGACCAUGAUCGCCCUGCUGCAGCGCUUCUACGACCCGUCGUCGGGCGAGCUGCGCGCCAACGGCGACGACAUCAAGACGCUCGACCGGUGCCGCUACCGGCGCGACGUGGCCCUCGUGCAGCAGGAGCCCGUGCUGUACCAGGGCUCGAUCCGCGAAAACGUCUCGCUGGGCCUCGAGCGCGGCGAGCCGUCGUCGGCCGAGGUCGAGGCCGCGUGCCGCGCCGCCAACGUCUGGGACUUUGUCGCGUCGCUGCCGCAGGGGCUCGACACGCCGUGCGGCAACCAGGGCCUCUCGCUGUCGGGCGGCCAGCGGCAGCGCAUCGCCAUUGCGCGCGCCCUGAUCCGCAAGCCUAGGAUGCUGCUGCUCGACGAGGCCACGUCGGCGCUCGACACCGAGUCCGAAAAGGUCGUCAAGGAGGCCCUCGACCGCGCGUCCGCCGGUCGCACGACCAUUGCCGUGGCGCAUCGCCUGAGCACCGUGCGCGACGCCGACAUGAUUGUCGUGUUUGCCAAGGGUCGGAUCAUGGAGCGCGGGACGCACGACGAGCUGCUCGACACUCGGGGGCUGUAUUACGAGAUGGUGCUGGGGCAGUCGCUCGACCGCGAGGCUGCGUGA